AUGCAGGCGUUGCCUUUGCCAUCCGGAACGACAUCGCGAGACAACUGUCCUCAUGAGUCUCCGCCUGCUCUACAGGGAGCCAAACUUGCCACUAUCAUCGGUUUCUACUUCCCCACAAUGACAGACUCUGAUGAGGCAAAGAACAAGUCCUACGAGGAAAUGCAUGCUCUUCUGGUGACUAUGCUCAGGACUGACAAGCUGGUUGUCGUUGUUGACUUCAACGCCCGCGUCAGGACAGAUCGAGCUGCCUGGAGAGGAGUGUGGGAUCCUCCUGGGAUCGUUGGCUGCAACGACAAGGGUUUCCUUCUCCUGCGAACCUAA